AAAACCUCCCAAAAUAUGCAGUUCUUCAACUUCUUUUCCCUUUUCCUUUUUGUGUGUUUCCUCUUUUUGUUAAUUAAAUGGAAGAAUUCCAAUAGCAAAACCAAAAGAUUGCCUCCAGGUCCAUGGAAAUUACCUUUAAUUGGAAGCAUGUUUCAUUUGUUAGGUGGACUUCCACAUCAAGUCCUUAGAGAUUUAGCCAAAAAAUAUGGACCAAUUAUGCACCUUCAACUAGGUGAAGUUUUUCUAGUUGUUGUUACUUCUCCUGACAUGGCCAAACAAGUACUAAAAACUCAUGACCUCGCUUUUGCAUCUAGGCCCAAGCUUCUAGUUGGCGAGAUUCUCUUUUAUAAAGGGACCGAUAUUAUCUUUUCCCCCUAUGGAGAUUAUUGGAGACAAAUGCGUAAAAUUUGUCUAUUGGAAUUGCUUAGCGCCAAAAAUGUUAAGUCAUUCAGCUCUAUUAGACAAGAUGAAGUUCUUCAUAUGAUUGAGUUUUUUCGAUCAUCUUCUGGUGAGACAGUUAAUGUAACAAAAAGGAUUUAUCAAUUCUCGAGCUCUAUGAUCUGUAGAUCAGCAUUUGGGGAAGUAUUAAAAGAGAAAAAUAAACUUAUAGAACUCGUUAAAGAAGCAUCACGUUUAAUGGAAGGAUUUGAUGUGGCUGAUUUAUUUCCAUCACUAAAAUUUCUUCAUGUGUUAUGUGGAAUGAAGGGUAAAAUUAUGGAUGCUCACCAUGCAUUAGAUGCCAUUCUUGAAAACAUCAUCAAUGAGCACAAGAACAAUGGUGAAUUAGAAGGUGAAGGUUUACUUGUCGCAUUGCUAAGACUAAUGAAGGAGGGAGGCCUUCAAUUUCCAAUCACCAAGAACAAUAUCAAAGCUAUUAUUUUUGACAUGUUUUCUGGGGGAACAGAGACUUCAUCAACAUUAAUUGAUUGGGCCAUGGUGGAAAUGAUGAGGAAUCCAAGUGUACUUUUGAAAGCUCAAGCUGAGAUAAGAAACACUUUCACAGGAAAAGAAACUUUUGACGAAAAUGAUGUCGAAGAAUUGAAUUACCUUAAGUUGGUUGUCAAAGAAACUUUCAGACUCCAUCCUCCAGGACCCCUUUUGAUCGCAAGGGAAUGUAGGGAAGAAGUAGACAUAAAUGGCUAUACUAUUCCUUUGAAAACAAAAGUUAUGGUUAAUGCAUGGGCUAUCGGAAGAGAUCCUAAAUAUUGGAUUGAUGCAGAGUGUUUCAAACCUGAGAGAUUUGAGCAGAUUUCGGUAGAUUUUAUUGGUAACAGUUAUGAAUUUCUUCCGUUUGGUAGUGGAAGGAGGAUUUGUCCAGGGAUAUCAUUUGGUUUAGCUAAUAUUUUUUUCCCACUAGCUAAAUUGUUGUAUCACUUUGAUUGGAAACUUCCUAUUGGAAUCAAUCCAAGUGAUUUGGACUUAACUGAAUCUGCUGGAAUAACAUGUGCUAGAAAGAGUAACCUAUACUUGAUUGCGACUCCUUAUCAACCUUGUCAAGAGUGAUGCCAUGGAAUCAAAAACGUUAAUAAAGGACUUUGCCUUUUAUAUUUCCAUGGCAAGCCAACCAUAGUACUUUCAUUUUCGAUUUCACCUCAAAUAAAUGAUUCUUAUCAUACUAGAUGAUGAUGUCAUUAUGUUCGAGUUAAAGAAUAUAUUUAUAUUAUCUU